CCUCCUCCUCCUCUUCCCUGUGAAUCAGACGGUGAGUCUGGAGGAGAGUCGAUUGGAUGUGAAGGAUCCGUCUAACGAGCUGAGACACGUUUCUUCUUCUUCUCCCAGAGAUCAGAGGCUGCUGCCUUGUCUUUAACCUCCUCUCCCUUUCCUCCCACUCCUGGGGAACACAGGGGGGAUGAAUGGGGAGGCAAUGGAGGGCAACCCGGCACAGGAGCAGCAGCAGCAUGCCGGUAACGGCACCCACCUCCCUCCCCCUCCCACCAUCACGCCGGCCAUCCCCCCCUAUGUGAAGCUGGGUCUGACCAUCGCCUACACCAUCUUCUACUCGCUGCUCUUCGCCUUUGUGUACGCCCAGCUCUGGCUGGUGCUGCGAUACCGACACAAGCGCUUCAGCUACCAGACGGCCUUCCUGUUCCUGUGUCUGCUGUGGGCCGCCCUGCGCGCCCUCCUCUUCUCCUUCUACUUCAGAGACUGUGUGACCGCCAACGCACUCGGGCCAUUCGCCUUCUGGCUGCUCUACUGCUUCCCCGUCUGCCUGCAGUUCUUCACGCUCAGCCUCAUGAACCUCUACUGCGCACAGGUUUACUUUAAGGCCAAGUCCAAGUACGCACCUGCACUGCUCAAGUACAGGCUUCCUCUGUACCUGGUUUUCCUGAGCGCCAGUCUCCUCUUCCUGGUGGUGAAUCUGGUCUGUGCCCUGCUGGUCAAAAUGACCGCCGCCGACGUGAAGACCAUCGUCCUGGUGAGGGUCACCAUCAACGACAGCCUGUUCGUCCUCUGCGCCAUCUCGCUGUCCGUCUGCCUCUACAAGGUUGCCAAGAUGUCGCUGGCCAACAUCUACCUGGAGUCAAAGGGGACGUCGGUGUGUCAGGUGACUCUGAUCGGCAUCAUGGUGGUGUUGCUGUACGCAUCGCGGGCCUGUUACAACCUGGUGGUGCUCGCCCUCGCCAACAUCGAGAACAUCAACUCCUUCGACUACGACUGGUACAACGUCUCAGACCAGGCGGACCUGCGGUCGUCUCUGGGAGACGCUGGUUACAUCGUGUUCGGGGUGAUUCUGUUCGUCUGGGAGCUGCUGCCCACCUCGCUGGUCGUCUUCUUCUUCAGGGUCCGCCGGCCGCCUCAGGAAAGGAGCACUGCUGGGAUACCAAACCACGUUCUCUCCUCCAGAGGAUACUUCUUCGACAACCCUCGUCGGUACGACAGUGACGAUGACCUGGCGUGGAGCAUUCCUCCCCAGAAUGCAUCAGCGAGUCUUUCCACCGACUGCUACGACUGGGGCAGCCGCCACAGCAGCUUCACGGUGCACACAAACGGCGACGAACAGCGCCUGACCGCCACCGCCGGAGAGCUCCACCCUUACCCAUAAUCCCCCUCUUCACUGUACAGCAUCACUCUGCACUUUGACACCGAUCAGUUAUUGUGUUUCUUAUCAUCACUGAUGUAGAAGUUUGUAGACUCACAGUAGAGACUUUAGAUGAAAUACCAGAAUUCUCAGCAGGGUUCCUACAUGGAGUUGUUACCAUGAAUGUCUUAACCAAACUUAAUCCAAAAUUUGUUGAGAUAUACUGUAUCACGUAUGUGAACCUGGUGGUGACGCUAAAGAAAAAAAAAAAUCACCAAAAUCACUGGGAACCAUCCUCUGGGGAACAUGAAUGCACACAAUUUUGUGCCAAUCCAUCAGGUAGAUGCAGAAAUCUUUAACUGGAUAAGUGACAACUUUGACCUAUUGGUGUCAGAAUAUCAUCAAAGUCUAGGUUUAUCCUCUGAGGAACAUGAAUGCACAACAUUUUGAGCCAAUCCAUCAGAUAGAUGUGGGAAUAUUUAGUGAAAACUUUGACCCGCUGGUGACAGAAGCUCGUCAAAGACUUUAGGAUUCAUCCUCUGGGGAACAUGAAUGUCCAGACAGAAUUGAAUCACAAUCAAUUCAAAGCUGUCGACACUAUUUAAUGACUUGAUAAGUUUCUGUCAUGACUAAAAAAAACAGAGUGGAGCACUGAGAUACAAAGUGCGUAAAAUCACAGAGGAAAAUAAAGAAGUACCAGUCACUGAAAUUAUGAUUAUCAUAAUACAUCAAAAACUCAUCAGGUGUAUUUGCUCACCAUGUUUGAUUACAAGUGAUCCAGACUUGUUUAACUUUGUGCAGGAGCCCUACUUCAGAGAGAAUCCAGGAUUUAUAGACCCACAGUACGUAGACGAUGUUGUGAUGAAUGUUUCUUGAUUAUUUGGGGAGUUUUUCAAGGAUUACUCAAGUAGUAUUUAUUUUUUGAGGUUCUCAACUGUAAAGUAAAACUAAAUGCAUCGUAACGCACACGGACACAUGCACCGUGUGUUAAUUCAACAUAAUCAAUAUCCUGUAAAUAUCAAUAGCCAGACAUCUGAACACCUCUGCGCUGUUUUGAUGUUCACCUCAAAAGAUCCGCAGAUUAACAAGUAAUUUAACGGUGGGUUUUCAUUUUAUUUUUGAAAUAAUUAAAAACGUGAAAUUAUUUGAGUUUUGUGAAAUUUCAGAUUUCUAGAAGUUGUGUUGUUUCAACGUGAACAUCUUUUAAAACUCUGGAAAGUAAUUAAACCAUCAAAACUGUCGAAUCAUUUAAAUCUGAGGAAAAUCACGAUUUUAACAUUAAUAUGUUAAUAUGAGCUUUCUUUUGCAGUGUUUACAUUUCUGUCCCGAUGUUCAGAAGAAAAGAAGUCUAUAUUUCUAACAGACGCAGGUUUUGUAAGUUAUUUGUACAGAGUCUCACUGAGAUCGUGCGUUUUGUUGUUGAGCUUUGUUGUGCUUGUGGUUUGUGUGUUUGUGACGUGACGACACAAAAAGACUUAAAUUAAAGUUGUCAUUACAACAAA